AUGCAAAAAAUGGGAAGAGAAAAUGAGACUUCUGUAGAGGGUUUUACCCUCCUUGGACUCUUUCCGGAAAUGAGCCAUGCUGGCUUCCUCAUCUGCACGAUUCUCCUUGUCUACAUUAUUGCCAUCACAGGAAACACCACCCUGGUCCUCCUCAUCUCUCUGGAUCCCCAUCUCCACAGCCCCAUGUACUUUCUCCUCAGCCAGCUCUCCCUCAUGGACAUCUCCCUCAUCUCCACCACUGUCCCCAAGAUGCUCACCAACUUCUUCUCAGGAACAUCAGAUAUUUCCUACAUUUGCUGUGUGACUCAGGUCUAUUUCCACACCACCCUCGGAGGCAGUGAGUGCAUUCUGCUCACUCUGAUGGCCUAUGAUCGGUAUGUGGCUAUUUCUAACCCUUUGCGGUAUGUAGUCACUAUGAAUUUUGAAGUUUGCCUACAGAUGGCCAUUGUGUCUUGGUUAGGGGGUGCACUCAAUUCUCUGAUCCAAACCAUAUACACCAUGCAUUUUCACAGAUGUGGAUCAAGGGAAGUCCACCAUUUUUUCUGUGAGCUAGAGGCAGUCCUUGAGCUGUCAUGUGAGGACACUUCAACUUAUGAGAAGGUCGUGUUUGUGACUGGAGUUGUGCUCAUCCUGAUCCCCCUUAGCCUUAUUCUAGCAUCCUACUUUUUUAUCUUUCUCUGUGUUCUCCACUUACAUUCCACUAAGGCAAGGUACAAAGCCCUCAUCACCUGCUCUUCCCAUCUGAUGGUGGUGUUUUUAUACUUCGUUCCAACCAUCUUCAUCUACAUGAUUCCCAGAUCCUUGCACACCUCAAAGCAAGAUGAGUUUCUCUCUGUCUUCUAUACCAUCCUCACCCCUAUGUUGAACCCCCUUAUAUACAGCCUAAGGAACAAGGAGGUUGGGAAGGCUCUGAAGAAAAUUCUAGGAACAGUGUUAUCAUAA